UGUAUAUAUAUAUAUAUAUAGGCGGGAAUACAUUUCCUAGCCAUUUAAUUUGGAUCCGAUAAGGUAAAAAUAAUGGAUGAGCUGCACAAGAUUGCAAGGGCGUAUUACAUCACUGCCAAUGAAGAGAGCAAAUCGCAAGGUAGAAGAUUUUUCAAAAGCAUAGAUCACGACGGGAGUAGAGGAAUAACCAUUCAAGAGUACCUGCCAUACAUGAAGCGGAACGGUCACACAAAAAUGGCGAACCGUCCCUUUUUCGACUAUCUAAACGUAAGUGGAACCGGCGAACUAGAGUUUAUGGAAGUGAUGACUCUCUUCUACAUAAUUAAGAGUGGAAGAAAGUUUUGUGAUGGAUGCGAUGGGCUUCUAAAGGGAACGUUUUUCUCAUGCACCGACUGCUUUGAUCUUGAUGACGAGUCCUUCAAUCUUUGCAGUGAAUGUUUUACUGAAAGCAGUUAUGUCCACCCCCACAGACAUUUUUUGGAUAACUAUAUUAUUCUUGAAAACAUGAAGGUGGCAAACAAGGAGGGGCAGAUGAAUCAUCAGGUCCAAAAUGCGGGUGCUAGCAACGCAAUUGUCUUGUAUAAUCGUCAAAGUCGAUCAAGUGUCUUCGCGACUGUGUUUCAGGCAGUUGCUACGACGGCGGCAACGUUUACUACCUGUACUAUCAUGUGAAAGAUUUGGUGCAUGGUCCUGACUUUCGAAACCCAUGCAAGCAUAAUAAUCUGGGAAUAUAUAUAUAUAUAUAUAUAUAUAUAUAUAUAUAUAUAUAUAUAAACCAGAGAGUAUGCAUGUAUCCGGUUACGAAGUUUCUCUAUCCUUUAUGAAUCUGUCAUGUAUUUGGAUUUUGAAUAACGAGGCUAUGUAUUUAGCCAUGUUUGGAUUUUGAAUUGUUAUUAAUACCAUGGUUAUUGUAUUUUUA